UCUCGACCCUCUCGACUGCUCUCGACCGUGGGCUGAGUUGGCCACGAAGAAAACCCUCCUGAUUAAAACGCACAAGAACCAAGUAAUCGUACUCUGUGGGUAAUAAAUGGUAAUAAGGUUUUCUGUCUUAUCAGUCAGGCUAUCCAUAGGAGUUUUGUCACCCAAGUCGGUAGGAAGAAACGUCGCAAGAGGUGCAAACUUUCUGCGAGAGGUGUGGCUGCUGAAAAUAAUGGGAUCGCAAGGUGUACGUCGUGGAUUUCGCUCACGACGUCAGAAUACUGUGACAGUCAUGGUGCAGUCGAAUGUGGUUUAGGAAUCUUGGGCGAGCACAGACCAUUUGAAAGAUCGUGUUAUCGCUGCAUGGCAUGGCGGAUUCGUCGAGGCCAGCGGAAGACGUAGAGGAAAAUGGUUCCUCCGAUGGCUCGCGUCUGCUACGUCUACGAGUCGUGGCUGGACACAAUUUGGCCAAGAAGGACAUUUUUGGAGCCAGCGAUCCGUAUGUCAGAAUUGAUGUGGUGAAGCAGGAGGGCUACUCUGUACUUGAUUCGUUCUACACAAAAACGAAGAAAAAGACCUUAAACCCAAAAUGGGACGAGGAGUUUGUUAUAAGAGUUGUCCCAUCAGAGCACAAAGUUGUGAUGGAAGUUUUUGAUGAAAACCGUCUGACAAGGGAUGACUUCCUUGGACAUGUUGAGCUGCCUUUGAAUGCCAUCGCGGAAGAAAGACCAGGACGCCACAUUCCACAGAAGUACUAUAUCCUAAGGCCUAGAAGCAGCUUGAAGUCUCGAGUGAAGGGCCACCUGCAAGUGUAUCAUGCCUUUCUGCCUCCCGAGGGUGAGACAAAUCACGAAAAUGACUGGGAGAUAGUGGAGCCGGUGAGCAGCCCUGAGGAACCUGCGGUUCUUGCUGGAAGGCCAGUCAUUCCUCUUCCUGCAGGCUGGGAAGAGAGAGAGGAUGCCUGCGGGAGAAUCUAUUAUGUUAAUCAUGUUGCUCGCACUACACAAUGGGACAGGCCUACGGGUGCUACAAUGCUGGAAGAGGAGGUGCAGCAACGAAGCUUGGAGCUUGCGCAAGAAUUUGGCCGUAGGGUGCACAUCAGCGCAGACGACGAACAGCAGGUGUCUGAGGACAUCCAGCCGCCACCAAGGGAUCUGGCAGCUCCCCCGCAGAGACGCUUCACUGUGCCCAUGGUGGCAGCUUUGAGGUGUGAAAACAACUCCAGUCCUGAAGGCCUUCCAGCAGGGUGGUCUCUUCAAGUAGCUCCAAACGGACGGGUCUUCUUCAUCGACCACAACACAAAGACUACUACUUGGGUGGACCCGCGAACAGGUAAACCAAGUGCCUUGCCACAGCACGGCGCUCUGCCUGGGAAGCCCGAUGGUGUCGAUGACUUGGGCCCACUGCCUGAUGGCUGGGAAGAAAGGAUCCAUACAGAUGGACGCAUAUUCUUCAUUGAUCACACUGCACGAAUCACUCAAUGGGAAGACCCCAGACUAAACAACCCUAAUGUUGCUGGACCUGCUGUGCCUUACUCUCGAGAUUACAAGAGGAAAUACGAGUACUUAAAGUCAAAGCUGCCAAAGCCUAGUAACAUUCCUAGCAAGUUUGCAAUGAAAGUGACACGAGCCAAGGUCUUGGAAGACACAUAUCGCAUCUUGAGCACCGUCACCUCAGUGGAACGGUUGCGCUCUAAGCUUUGGGUGGAGUUUGAUGAAGAGGAGGUUCUUGACUACGGUGGUGCUUCCAGGGAGUUUUUUUACCUCCUAUCCAGAGAGAUGUUCAACCCAUAUUAUGGUCUCUUUGAGUAUUCUGCUGCGGACAACUACACACUUCAGAUUAAUCCAUUUUCGGGCAUGUGUAAUGAGGACCACCUGUCAUACUUUAAGUUCAUUGGCCGGAUAGCAGGAAUGGCCGUCUACCAUGGCAAGCUGUUAGAUGCAUUUUUCAUCCGGCCGUUCUACAAGAUGAUGUUGGGCAAAACAAUCACUCUCAAGGACAUGGAAGCAGUGGACACAGAAUACUACAACUCAUUGCGAUGGAUAAUGGAUAACGAUCCUGUGGAACUGGAUUUAAGGUUUUGCGUCGACGAAGACCUCUUUGGUCACAUGCAACAGCGGGAGCUCAAACCCGACGGGGCCAACAUUGCUGUCACCCAGGACAACAAAGCAGAAUACAUUGAGUUGGUGAUCCAGUGGCGAUUUGCUUCCCGCAUUCAGCCCCAGAUGAAUGCCUUCUUGGAGGGCUUCAACGAAUUAGUUCCUCUACAGCUUUUGCGAGUGUUUGACGAACAUGAGCUCGAGCUUCUUAUGUGUGGCAUUGGCAAGAUAGAUGUGCGUGACUGGCGCCAACACACAGUCUACAAGGGUGGUUACCAUGCCAACCACGUAGUGGUGCAGUGGUUCUGGCGGCUGGUCCUCUCUUUCAGCAACGAAAUGCGUUCACGGCUGCUGCAGUUUGUCACGGGUACCUCGCGAGUGCCCAUGAAUGGCUUUCGAGAGUUAUACGGCAGCAAUGGACCUCAGCCCUUCACAUUGGAGAGGUGGGGGCUGCCAGCCAAUUUGCCUCGUUCCCACACUUGCUUUAAUCGUCUGGACCUGCCUAUGUACGAGAGCUACCAAGACCUCCGUGAAAAGCUAAUCCAGGCCAUUGAGGGUUCCGAAUCCUUUGGUGGUGUCGACUGAUCAACAAGACACUUGUUACUAGAGCCGCUGUAUCAUACUGUACAGUUGUCAGAUGCCCAUAUAUGCAGUUUUUCCCUCCAAAGGCUCAAUAAAGACAUUUGCUCUGCGUU